GAGUGGAGACAGAGGGGGGCGUGGCAGGUGCGAGUUCAGGCACAGACGUGACAAUUUGAGACUUGUUGAUUUCCACAAAAAGGGAAACAGUUGUGAGGAGUUAACACAUUAUGAAAGAUUGAUUUUAAUUUAUUUUUUAUGCCUAUAUUGGAAUUUAUUUUGUUUGUUGGUUAAUUUCACUCCUGUCAUUGCUUCAGUGUGUUGAUAUCCAUAAUAUACAGAAAUAUCAGCCUUUGUGGAAAGAAAAAUCUGAAUAUUUUCUUUUAGUGUAAUAAAUGGAGUAUGAAAAUGGUCUUUGGAGUUCAAGCCUCUUCUGUUAUUAAUGAGCAUUAUGAGAAGACCAGAUGUGUCUCUUGUGUAAGACCUGCCACAUACAGCACUAAUUCAAUUACAUUUAAGUCUUAACUAGUAUCAUCCGUGUGUUUUACCUCCCUUUCUGAUUGUUAAUUUGUUUCUCCUGAGUCCAUUUAACCUGCUCUUGUGUCUUGUUCCCUCGUUUGGUGUAUGUAUCCCUGUCUGCCCCCAGUGCGCCUUGUCAGAUCGUCAUUCAUGUUACGCGGUUGCCUCCUCCUCUGCCUCCUCGUGUCUACCCCGUGUCGGUUUGUGUUUUCAGUUUUAUUUGUUACUUUGUAUUUUUUAUUCAGUUUUGUUUUAUUAAAGGCUUGCUUUUUGUUAAAACCUCGUCUGUUAUCCUACAAUUGGGUCCUCUCCUGUACCAUACCAUAACAGAACGAUCCGACCAGAGUGUGGACCCAACAGCGAUUUUAGGUGACGAACUAUAUAAUCUCGCAAACGCUCUCAUGUGUCUCCAUGGGGAGUCGAAAAGAGCCCCUGUUUAUAGACUCAACAGGUGGCUUUAAGUGUGGCUCAAGAGAAAAUGGCCGAGAAGCCCGAGCUAAGGAGUCUUCUGCCUAAGUGGCUUCAAGUAUUUUUGAAAUUUCCACUUUGUCCGCCUUGUCCUCAGCCAACUUCCGUGCCGCGAGAUAUCUCGUUUUCUGAGGCCAUACUGCGACAGCCCCCCGAUCCUGAUGCCGGGACGCGACAGCCCCCCGUUCCUGCUGCCGGGCCGCGACAGCCCCCCAAUCCUGCUGCCGGGACGCGACAAACCCCCGAUCCUGCUGCCAGGCUGCGACAGAACCCUGUUCCUGCUGUCGGGCCACGACAGACCCCACUUCCUGCUCCAGCCCUUGACCCAUUCCUGGGUACUCGCCAGGCACUGGGAGGUCCUCUCUGUGUCCAGAGGACAUCCAGGCUUCUGAGGAGGAGAUCCAGCCGUUUAAUCCGCUGGCAUUCCAGCUCCCAGACUCACAUUCCUGCUGCCGGGCCGCGACAGACCCCCGUUUCUGCUGCCGGACCUCCGCAGACCCCCGUUCCUGCUGCUGUCGCACCUCAUCAGCCUCUCGAGACCCCUGCAUUCCACUCGCCUCUCGAGACCCCUGCGUUCCCCUGACCUCUCGAGACCCCCAUCCCUGCGCUCCCUUCGCCUCUCGAGACCCCAUUCCCUGCGCUCCCCUCGCCUCUCGAGACCCCAGUCCUUGUGCUCUCUGUCGCCUCUCGAGACCCCAGGGCCCCGUCGCCUCUCGAGACCCCAGUGCCCCGUCGCCUCUUGAGACCCCAGUCUCUGCGCUCCCCUCGCCUCUCAAGACCCCAGUCCCUGCGUUCCUCGAGAUCCCGGUCUCUCUGUCCACCUCAAGCCCAGACUCUCCGCCGGCCUCCUUCUCCUGUACCAUACCGUGACAGUCUGUGUCUCCACUUCCUGCCCAUGUGUUUCCCAUCUGUCAUCAGUGAUUCCACCUGUGUCUCGUUACCCCGCCCACUUCCUGGUGUAUAUGGUCUGUGUUUUGUUCCCCUCAUUGCCAGUUCCUCUUUGUUCCUCCGCGUCGUAGUGUUCCAGCGGUUGUCCCAUGUGCCUGAUCCUGAUUCCGUGACGCGUGACCCGUGACCCGUGACCCGACUCUGCCUUCGCCUACUCCUUGCCUGUUUUUUUUGCCUCGCUGACUGCCUUUUCGUGUACUGACCUGUUUUUGCUACAAGUAAAGACUGUUUUCCCGUACCCAGUCUCUGAGUCGUGGCAUUUGAGUCCCAUCCCAUUCCCUGUGUUCAGUACGUGUCAUUACAAUGUGAUUAGACUGGUACACAGAAAUCUGAUUGCUUUAUUCAAACUAACACUUAAAACGAAAUAGUGCACAAGAACAAUAGUACUCUGGAGAAGCUAGUGAGUCAUACAAAGUUUAAUAUAUUUAUAUUAAUUUUAAGUCAAUUAGUUAUCCAUAAAGUUGGGAUUUUUGGAAAUUAAAAUGGUUUCCAUGAAGGUAAAUCAGAACAAAAUAUGUUGUUUGUUUUUUAAAAGAGGACUGAUGAAGUUAUUGCACGUUGUGUUUGUGUUGUGUUGAGAUGCUCAUGUGUUUGUAGCUGUUAUAAUGAAGUAAAUGCAUAUAAAAGAUUGACUGUUGUUAAACUGCAAUGAAAUCACGUGAGGAUUAAAGCCUGGAGAAGUAUUAGGCCUCUGAUGAUAAACAUGUACCUGUUUGUAACAAAGAAUCAUAUUCAAGAAUAA